CAGUGACCAGACCAAGAGUUGCAUCCCUUGCCCAGUGGGCUACUACAGAAAUAUGUCAUUACAGAUUUCCUGUGUCUUGUGUCCAGUGGAUUUCAUCACCCCAGGUCUUGGAAGUUCUUCACUUUCAAAUUGCAACACAAGUGAGCCUUUUUUUUUUUUUAAUAUGGUAGCCUACUUUAGGAAAUAUACCCCAGAGCAGUCUAAGAGAACACUUUUUUUCAACUCAGGGUGCAGCUCAGGAAGGGCCUUGCAGAAAUAAGGAUGGGCCCUUUAAACAAAAGAAAUAUUUAUGGUUAUUUACUUUGAGCUAUAUAUAUUUUUACUUAUUCUGGUUCUGGUAGUGUUCGUUGCUGCAUCCAUAUACUGGCGUCUGUGCAAUGGUUGGGGAAAUGAUGUUGCUAUUUUUAUUGGUUCGUACAAUAAAUCAAACUGAAAGAUAAUAGCUCCAUCCCCCAGUGCACCAGAGACACCUAUCAUGGUGCACAUACCAUGCAGUCUCUCAAGAAGCUUUGGCUUGUUGCAAAUAUGGUUGGGUUUUUUAAUAGGUAGGAAGAUAGGUGUUUUCAUCUUUAAAAAAAACUGUUUCAUCACCUGCAAAUGAAUACGCCUGUCAAGCUCCACCUUCUUUUCCAAAUUUCUUGCUCUGGAGAUGAAGAGAAAACCAAUGCUGAAUAUAAUAAAACAAGAAAGGGUAUGAACCCUCAAAGGAUCAAAAGAGGGUUAGACUCCAUCGGACAUGGGUGUAUUGAGCAACGCCCCACAAUCAAACAUGAUUGAGAGGAUGGGAAAGACCCAAAAAGACCUGGUGAGGAGAGGUCGACAACGAUUUAAUAAAGAUCAGAAAGAGUUGGAAAGAGUUAGAGAAGAUAGCAAGAAACUGAAAAGCAUGGAAAGAUAUAGUUAAUUGCCUAUUCUCCACUGGGAGCUGAAGAGGCCAAGAAGCAGCAUGAGAAUAUUAAUCCAUUUUAACCAAAGUCAAAACUCAAUACAAAAAUAUUUUCAUGUUUUCAAUUUUCAAUAUUUGCUUUCACCAAUGAAAAGUGAACUAAACUGGGCAGUUCUCCAUGAUGUUCUUAUCUAAGUGACAUGUAUCAGUCUAAGCAGUUUAGAAAUAAUGGAUUUAAUCUCAAUGGUGUUCUCUUCACCCUUAAGGAAACUGUACCAAACCAGGAGAGUACAGGAACCCAACAUCCAACCAGUGUGAGAUCUGUCCAGUGGGGACAUACAACAGUGAGAAAUGGC